GCCAUUAGCCAACAUGUAUGAUUAAGGCUUUAAAAUGUCUGCUGCUGAUAAUGAUGUCAUUGUUAGCCAGACAUCACGGUGCAUUCAAUGGACUCCCGUUACCGUCUAAGCAAAAGUAUAGUUUUUUUUUUUUUAAACUACCCCUGACUCUUGCUUUCUCCAGCAUCCGAGCAGCAACGCCCUGCAACAUCCCUGACCGGCGUGCGCACCCAGAAGCGUCAAACGACCGGCUCUACGGCUGCACACGUCUAGCUACUGUUGCAGCAUCUCAGUUGGCAUGCUUUAGCGCCAUCCCACUAGCAUCGAGGAGUAUCGUCAUCUUCCUCCUCUUCGUCACCAUCGACUGUACUCUCAUAACGGAUGGAUGCCAUACAAACGGGAUCUCAGUGGAGUGCAGCAGGACAAGAUUUGAAACUCAGGAAUUGCCAGUGCAGAGGAUGCAGGAUGAUGAUGAUGAUGAUGACAGGAUGAGCUGCUGCCGCACCCCAGGAGAUAUUUUCACAAAACAAGAAUCCCUUCUCCUUUUUUCCCUGUGAUUUGGAUUCUUUUUGUCGUGGACCAGCUGGGGACUGUUUGUUGGAGCUUCUGAUGUGCUGGGAUAGUGUUGUUGUUUUUCUCUGAAAGUGUACCUCCUGUGGACUGUUGCCAUCCCAUCCUGACAGGCGUCUCGCUUGCUCAUUUCAACACACAACAAUAACAUGGCGGAGAAAACGUUGGAGCAGGGCUCCGUCAGUAUCCCAAUGGAGGAGACCAAACUCCACAGCGGGGCCCCUCAGGAGGCGCCCCUGCUCACCCACCUGAAGAAAGUGGAGAAUCACAUCACCGAGGCCCAGCGCUUCUCCCACCUCCCAAGGCGCUCUGCUGUGGACCUGGAGUUCAAUGAGCUGUCCUACACCAUUCGUGAGGGUCCCUGGUGGAGAAGGAGAGGUUACAAAGCCCUCCUCAAGUGUCUUUCUGGAAGAUUUAACAGUAGAGAGCUAAUUGGCAUCAUGGGGCCAUCCGGGGCCGGGAAGUCCACCUUGAUGAAUAUCCUGGCAGGAUACAGAGAGACGGGCAUGAAGGGACAAAUCCUGGUGAAUGGCCGCCCGAGAGACUUGCGAACCUUCCGGAAGAUGUCCUGCUACAUCAUGCAGGAUGACAUGCUGCUUCCGCACCUCACGACGAGGGAGGCCAUGAUGGUCUCUGCCAAUCUGAAGCUCAAUGAGAGCAUGCUGGUCAAAAAAGAACUUGUACGUGAGAUACUGACAGCUCUAGGGCUUCUGGACUGUGCUCAAACACGUACCAACUCUCUUUCCGGGGGUCAAUGUAAAAGACUUGCUAUUGCCCUCGAGCUGGUCAACAAUCCUCCUGUCAUGUUCUUCGAUGAACCCACAAGUGGACUGGACAGCGCGUCAUGCUUCCAGGUGGUUUCACUCAUGAAGUCGCUGGCUCAGGGAGGGCGGACAAUCAUCUGUACCAUUCAUCAGCCCAGUGCCAAGCUCUUUGAAAUGUUUGAUAAGUUGUACAUCCUCAGUCAAGGUCAAUGCAUAUACAAAGGAACGGUCCCUUACCUCAUCCCUUACCUGAAGAACCUGGGCCUCCACUGCCCAACAUAUCACAAUCCUGCAGAUUUCAUCAUUGAGGUGGCAUCAGGAGAGUAUGGAGACUUGAACCCGGUGCUGUUCGAGGCGGUCCAGGGUGGGCUGUGCUCUGAGGAGGGCAAGAAGAACUCAAGAGACAAGAGUGACUCCUCCUGUCACUCCCAGUGCCACAGUGACACAGGAACCCUGGAGAAACAUAGCUUUGCCACCAGUACAUUCACCCAGUUCUGCAUCCUCUUCAAAAGAACCUUCAUUACAAUCUGCAGAGACACGGUGCUGACCCACCUCAGAGUGAUGUCCCAUCUGUCGAUCGGAGUGCUGAUCGGUCUUCUUUAUCUGAAAAUCGGCAAUGACGCCAGUAAAGUCUUCAACAACACAGGGUUCCUCUUCUUCUCCAUGCUCUUCCUCAUGUUUGCCGCCCUGAUGCCCACCGUUCUAACUUUUCCUCUGGAAAUGUCUGUGUUUGUAAGGGAACACCUCAACUACUGGUACAGCCUAAAGGCCUACUACUUGGCAAAAACAAUGGCAGAUGUACCAUUCCAGGUGAUUUGUCCAAUCAUGUACUGCAGUAUCGUGUACUGGAUGACUGAACAGCCUCCAGAGGCCGGUCGCUACCUGCUCUUUGUGGCCUUGUCCACAUCCACAGCCCUGGUAGCCCAGUCUUUAGGGCUGCUUAUUGGCGCCGCAUCCACGUCUCUGCAGGUAGCGACAUUCGUAGGUCCGGUGACAGCCAUACCGGUGCUACUCUUCUCUGGCUUCUUUGUCAAUUUUGACACCAUUCCCAAAUACCUACAGUGGAGCUCCUAUGUCUCUUAUGUCAGGUAUGGAUUUGAAGGUGUGAUACUCUCCAUCUACGGGAUGAACCGCACCGAGCUCGAGUGUCCAGGCCUGGUGUGUAAAUUUCAAAAGCCAGAGGAGGUCCUGCAACUGUUGGAUGUGGAGGAUGCAAAGCUCUAUGUGGACUUCAUGGUGCUGGGCGUUUUCUUCCUGGUUCUCAGACUGGCCACCUACCUGGUCCUGCGGUACAAAGUCAAGUCAGAGCGUUGAGCAGAUCAUCAUAGAUAUCAGUUCAACGUUAGCCAUAAACUGCUCGUUACUUCAUGAGAACACUUCCUCUUAGUUGUUUCAUUGUUUCUACAAUCACUGUCACUCUAGGAGGAUACUGACCAUACAUGAACAAUGACUGAGGACAUGAAAAGCAUGUUUAUUUCAACUAAAGACAGGAAUGCGUGCUUGUUUCCAGGAAAGUGCCACAUCAAUUCACACCAAUGCUGGUCAACCAUCUUGGUGCAGGAAUGUCCAAGUACUUGUUUGCUCCUCAAUGCCUGGAUAGUAAUCCCGGAUUGGUGUUUAAUUAGAUAACACCCAUCCUGAUGCCCACAUUUCCAGAAGAAUACAUUCCAGAGAAAGUGGAAACUAUUAAGUGCCAGGAUUUUGUCAGCUUCUCACUUUUCUUGAAGAGAUUUUGGCUUUUCCUUUUUUGGGGAGGGGGAUACAAUCUUGACAUAACUGCCACGGGAUGACUUUCCAUUUCAGGAAUGGAUCAUUUUUGCAGCAUGAACAUGGCAUUCGGAUGAGGUUGAAGGACUUGGAAAUAUGUUAUUGUCAGAAACUCAUCUGGAAUAAUCAUUUUGCUGGGACUUUGACUCUGAACCUGCUCCUUGUUUGUACCGGGGAGGCAUACUUAGAGACAACCGUGAUGUGAAAACAGGCAUGACAGCCGCUUCCAGUCUGAUGGAGGGAGAUACCUUAAAUGUAUUGGCUGAAAUAGCCAUGGUUAGAAAAAAAAGGGAUGCUUAUCCUUUGAAGCAAUCCUUCCAAGUACUCCUCCGUGAGCUGCAUAUUUUGGUUUUCUCUCUCUCUCUUUCUCUCCCCCUCCCCCAUCACUCGGCUUUGCUGAUGUCUGAUUGAUGUGUACUUUCCAAAAACAAUGCUAGAUACUUGAAAUGCUGGCUGGGCGGAUUGUGUGCCUCUGAACUAGAAUGAUACGAGCUUUGUCUGCUUCAGUGCUCGAUGUUUGCGCACACAACUUGUAUCAGCAUACAUGCUGGUACUGCCUGUCUGUCUUGCACACACACACACACACACACACACACACACAUACACACACACAUACAUAUGCAUCCUUGUUCCAGGGCAAUGCAAUUCUUUUUCACAGACUUGCUAUAAAAUAUUUCUUACUCUAUGCUACUUAGUAAUCCUUAUGAUAAUGCAUAAAAUAAUAUAGGCAUAUAACCAACAAUUGUACAGUGGAUAUGUUAUGCUGUGAAAAAAAUGUACAAUGCACUUUUCAAUAUAUGCUUAUUAUUAUUUAUUUGUAUUUAUAAUUGUAUUUUUUGAUAGCUUAAAGCUUGGCAAGCACUGCUUGGAAAGUAUAAUGGGAAAAGAGCAACAGAAUGCUGCCUGUUCACUGUAUAGGAACAGAAAUGUCAUGGUAUAAUUAUGUCCCCAUAUAAAUGUUAAUAUUGGAACAUGUUAGGGGGCGGAUGCAAAACCUUUGAAAAACCUGAGGAACCUCAAGUGUGAAUGAAAAAUGAAGGUGUGAAUGACAAUGUGGAGGUGCAAUCAAUGAAAGAGGGCAAGGAUAUUGAAUAAUAAUAACUGUUGAUCAUAUUAUUAUCAUGGGAGUAUUAGUCAUAGUAGUAUGGGUAUUAUUAACAUGAAUUGUGGAUUGUUAACAAUAAUAUAUCAUUAAAUAUAACAAUAUUUUAAAGAAACAAAUAUAAAAAUGAUUGUUACCUUUAUUUUAUGAUAUGAAUUGCAACUCUCUUUCCCGAAAGUAAUACAGUAGCCUGAUUGUGUCAUUAAUAGCAAUAGAAAACAUUGUGACUGCUUGAUUGUUGAACAUCCCACUGCUUUGGCAUCACAAGUAUGUUUAUUUUUUUUUUUUUUUACAAACGUAUUUAAGCACUUUAAUUUAUUGUGUUAUUGUUAUUACUGGAUGUGCGACAGUAAUCCAAAUGUAUUGUCAUGCAUUGUAGGUGUAUGAACGGGGGUGACUUCAAGGGGUAAAAGCAGAACAAAGUCAAAUGCACUGUAGAUGUUUACUUAAAAUGAUGUUAAUGCCUUUUAAUGCCAGACCCGUCAGGAUAAUUAGCUCUAAAGUGCAGGAAAUUGCAGCUGUACAGGAAAUAUGACAUAGUCAUUUUUAUUGGCAACACAACAGAUAAGUGUUUUUACCGUCCUCAAAUUAGAUCAAAAUCCAUAGCGGCAUGCUGACUCUGCAAGAUGUUGAAAAAAACUGCAGAAGAAGAUGAAAAAAAGAAUCAGAUCGACCCAGGAGCAAGGCAGCAGUGUUGGAAGUCAUUAACCAGUUUUAGGAAGCCUUGGCUUCUGCAUGUAAGAUGGGCAAAACAAGAAUAUUGUCUCCUCUGCUGCAAAUUCUACAUUCAUAACGGCUGCACUUCUCAAGGGGAUUAUGUUGCCUCAUCAGUUCCCUAACCAAAGAAAAUGUCCUAAAUAGGCUUUCACUGAUACAUUUAUGCAGUCAUUAAAAUAUCAACUAUUCCAACAAUGACUGGAACAAUUCAAUCCAAUUUUACAUUCUCUGAAACUGGUGUUAUUUUCUAGUCUACUGAGUACGCCAACACGGCAUUAACUCCGCUAAUUGAAUCAUAUCAUGUAUCAUAUCAGCAGUAUUAAGGGGUUUAGGAAUUGAAUCAAGAUGCAGCAUGCAUGUUCAAAGCGGAAAGUACAGGACUUUUCAUUCCAGCUUUCGUUACUGUUCCAUCUGCAACCGGAAUUGUUGUCCUUAUGUGACAUUUAUUUGUGUUCUGAUCAUCUUAUGUACAAACCUUGUGGCAGACUAUUGGAAGGCUGCUUGCUACAAAUUUUUAGUCUGUUAUAGUUUGUCUAUCAUUUACUGUCCACUCCCUAUCCCCACACCCCAUUUCUAAACAUGCUAGUUCUGUAUACUGAAAGCUGUUCUAUCAUUAUAAUAAAACUCAUUUAUAACCUUU